GGUAGACUGUCCAGUUUUUGUUUGCUCAAAAAGGAGUGAGCAAUUAACAACCUUACAGGCUGGAAAAAGGCUGCAAGUUCUAGCCAGCAGAGGAGAAAUCCGACGUAUCUCCAGCUGCUGCUCCUUUCAUUCUCCUUAACCAUGUGGCUUCUCAGUUUUCUAACUAGUUUGGACCUCAAGACGAUUUUUGUGUUUUUAUUUGUUUUUCUUUUGAUAGCAGAUUUUCUGAAAAACAGAAAAGCAGCUAAUUUUCCUCCUGGACCUCCAGGCCUUCCAUUCGUUGGGAAUCUAUUGAGUGUAGAUGGCAAACACCCACACAUCUAUUUCACCAAGUUGGCUGAAACGUACGGGAAUGUGUUCAGUGUCCGCUUUGGAAGUGAAACCUCUGUGUUUGUGUCCGGCUACAAGAUGGUAAAAGAAGCUUUAGUGACACAAGCUGAGAACUUUGUGGACAGGCCUUACAGUCCCAUGGCCACCAGGUUUUACCAAGGACCCACAAAUGGCAUAUUCAUGAGCAAUGGGGAGAAAUGGAAGAAGCAGCGACGCUUCGCUUUAUCUACAUUACGCACCUUUGGACUGGGCAAAAACACCAUGGAACAGUGCAUCUGUGAGGAGAUCCGUCACCUGCAGGCGGAGAUAGAGAGUGAAAAAGGUCAGCUUUUCACUCCUACAGGCCUCUUCAACAACGCCGUGUCUAACAUUGUUUGCCAGCUGGUGAUGGGAAAAAGAUUUGACUACAAUGACCAUGACUUUCACACUAUGAUUAAAUAUCUUUCUGAGGUUCUUCGACUGGAAGGGAGUGUCUGGGGUUUACUUUAUGAAGCAUUCCCUGGCCUGAUGAAACACCUGCCAGGGCCUCACAACGAGAUGUUUAAAGAUUUUGACAUCCUGCGAGACUUUCUUGAUCAGGAGAUAAAGAUGCAUAAGAAGGACCUUGAUCGCAACAAUCCCAGAGACUACAUUGACUCCUUCCUCAUUGAAAUGGAGAAACAUCAAAACUCAGACCUGGGCUUUAAUGAGGCCAAUUUGGCUUUCUGCUCACUGGAUCUCUUCCUGGCUGGAACAGAAACAACCUCCACCACUCUGAUGUGGGCCUUAAUUUACCUCAUCAAACACCCAGACGUCCAAGUGAAAGUCCAGCAGGAGAUCGACAGAGUGAUCGGUCAGAACCGUCUGCCCUCUAUGGCUGAUAGACCCAACCUGCCGUACACUGAUGCUGUCAUUCAUGAAAUACAGAGAUUUGGAAACAUUGUGCCUCUGAAUGGACUUAGGGUUGCUGCUAAGGACACAACAUUGGGUGGUUACUUCAUACCCAAGGGGACGGCUCUGAUGCCCAUGCUGACUUCUGUGCUGUUUGAUAAGACUGAAUGGGAAACUCCAGACACCUUCAACCCGGAACACUUUCUGGAUGCUGACGGAAAGUUUGUGAAGAAAGAAGCUUUCUUACCCUUCUCUGCAGGUAAACGUGUUUGCCUUGGAGAAGGCUUGGCCAGGAUGGAGCUGUUCCUGUUUCUGGUGGGGUUACUGCAGAAGUUCUCCUUCUCUGUUCCUGAAGGAGUAGAGCUGAGCACAGAAGGGAUCACUGGAACCACUCGAGUGCCUCAUCCCUACAAAGUUUAUGCCAAAGUUCGCUGAGUUUUAGUGCUUCUGUAUUACAGAUAAAAACAUGUUUGCUCUGUCUAUGCAGGGUAGCUAACAACUAAAAUGUAUUCUUUUUACUGAAACGUGUAAUUUUCAAAGACAUUUACACUUUUGUGGGAUUGGCAUUAUCAAUAAAAAAACCAAUUCCUUCAUAUCAAUAAAUACAGUUGAUAUUUUGGAAAAUAAAGUGAUUUAAACAAACAUUUAUAAACAUCAACUUGAACAUGCUGGUUGAAUGACGAAUGUGUUUACUGAGUACAGAAAAUACCAACAUAAUAACAACUGUAACAUCAGUAGGCGAACAAUUACCUGGUUUCCACAGCGUCAUAAAGCCACACUAAAGCUAAAUGCCUGAACUGAUCUAAACUAACUUGACAGGCCACUGCACAGAACCCAGCACCAUGUUCAACAUUGAAAACCUGUCCCAUGCUCUUGGAAUAUCUUCUGAGAACUGUUGCCAACAAGGUUCCAUUGAAGAGCACAUACCGUGACCCCUCAGUGCAAGAGGGAGGAGUUACAGGUAAAUGGAGCAGACCUUAACUUAUCCUAGAUGCCCAGGCGAGCACGGCAGAUCUGGGAGUACUGUGGCUCAACCUCUAGGACUGCCUCUUCGGGGUGGCAUUGUCCAGAGCAGGGGGUGGGAAAACUCCAGUCCGGGGGCCACAUGUGGCCAUUAAACUAUAUAAUCUGGACCGGAAAACUGGAAUAAAUUAUGCUUGAGCAGCUGCUCUCUCUCUUUCUGCUGUCUGCACUCUGUUUCUGCUAGUUGCUUCACGUAAAACGUAUUUUAUUAAUCCAGCUAAGUCUUUAUCUUUGGGUUCUGCAUUAGUGACAGAAAAGGUAUAAAGCAGGUUAAGAACAUGGAUGGAUGGAAUAUUAGUGUGACAAAGUAGCAUCACAGGUUGCAGGACAGCGUCUUCACACCAACCUAAAUUGUUUUUUUCUCUCUCUUUUCUCCCAGCCCAGGAGCAGCUUAGUUUCACUGAACACAUGCACACACCCAGACAAUUAAAUCACUUACAUUUCAUAUUUUGUUUAAUUCUAAGGGUGCACACUUGGUUUUAAACAGAAUCUUACUCACCAUCUAAGUUUCCCUCCACAAACAGCCAAACCAGAGCAUUGUACACAUCAGCAUACAUAUCCACAGAAAACAGGAAGUGACUUCACAUGUCAGAAUUCUUUUUUCUCUUUGUUCCCUUUCUGUCUAAUUGAUUUUGUUUCAAACCUAUUUCUGUAUUUCAAUUGUAACUAUUUUUUCUGUUAAAUAUCCUGAAUUUUGGAGUUAUGUUUAGGAAUCCUCCAGGAAUUUGUUUUAAGGAAGUGUUUUGUUAAUUGGCCUGUGGGAGGGGCCAAGCCUUUAAAAUGAGUGAACUUCCCCAGUUGAGAGAGAGCAGUCUUGGUUGAAUUGGUGGCAACAGGCAUUCCCAGAAUCAGCUGAAUUUAUUCUUUGAUUAUAGUUUUGGGAUCAAUAAAAUCAUUGUUUGAAA